AAGGCUUGAGAACAGCCAUAUUGGUUGUGUAGGAGAGAUAUAACAGAGCCGCCCGGAGGGGAGACUCAAGCAUUCUUCUCCCUGCCUCCGCCCUCGUCUCUUGUCACACACCUUCAUUUUCCUCAACCUCUGUCGUGUCUGGUCGCCUUUACAAGCUACAGAAAACGUGUUGUGGAGCAUGGCAGGGGGUACUACGCCAGCCGCGGGGGUCCUCUUCCUCGUCCUCCUGAUGGUCCUCCUGCAGCGGUCCUUCGCACUGAAAAGUUCUUCAGCGAACAGGACUUUUGUGAUUGACUAUGACAAUGACCAGUUCCUGAAGGACGGGCAGCCCUUCCGGUAUAUAUCAGGUUCUAUCCAUUACUUUCGUGUCUUACCGUCCAGUUGGAGAGAUCGCCUCAAGAAGAUGCGCAUGGCAGGAUUCAAUGCACUAGAAACUUAUGUAGAAUGGUCAAGCCAUGAACCAGAACCAGGUGCGUUUGACUUCACUGGCAUGCACGACUUGGAGACUUUCCUGAAGACGGCACAGGAAGAGGACCUUGUGGUUAUCUUGCGACUUGGCCCAUUCAUUGAUGCAGAGCGAGAUAUGGGAGGUUUGCCCUACUGGUUGCUGAACAAGAACCCAGACAUGCAACUCCGAAGCUCUGAUUCCUCUUACCUCACCUAUGUGGACGACUGGUUUAGCAACAUUCUCCUGCCUAAGGUUAAACCAUUUCUCUAUGAGAAUGGAGGACCGGUCAUCAUGGUGCAGGUUGAGAAUGAGUAUGGCAGUUACCCAGCCUGUGAUUUCGCUUACACUUCACACAUGCGAGACCUCAUACGUCAAGGGCUCGGUGACAAUGUUGUUCUCUUUACCACCGAUGGAAAUGGUGUCAACUACCUCAAGUGUGGGAAAAUACCUGGAGUGUACAGCACUGUGGACUUUGGGUCAGGGGGAGAUGCAAGCAAGGAAUUUGCAGCGAUGAGAUUGUUUGAGCCACAUGGACCCCUGGUGAACUCUGAAUACUACCCUGGAUGGCUCGACCAUUGGGGCACCCCUCACAGUACUGUCAAUUCGGAGGUUGUUACCAAGUCACUUGAUGAUAUGUUAGCCAUGAAUGCAUCCGUCAACAUGUACGUGUUUCAUGGCGGUACCUCCUUUGGCUUCACCGCAGGAGCCAACAAGGGGUCAGCGUUCCAGGCUUGCCCAACAUCAUACGACUACGAUGCUCCGCUCUCUGAGGCAGGCGACCUAACUGAGAAGUACUGGGCCAUUAGAAAUAUUACACAAAAGUACCUUCCUCUGCCAUCGGGAGAUGUGCCGCCGGCUUCCCCCAAGUACAGCUAUGGGAAGGUACAGUUAUCGUCAAUGGGCAGCGUACUUCAGAUGACUUCGCUGCUUCAGUCUGCCACAAACAAGUAUCCUCUCACCUUUGAGCAACUAAUGGUUUCAAAUGGUAUGGUCUUGUAUGAGACAGUCCUUCCAUUUAGGAUUGCUGAUCCAUCCCGCCUGAGUAUUAAAGAAGUGCACGACAGAGGGUACGUGUUUGUCAACUAUCGGCUUGUUGGGAUGGUCUCUCGGGAACAAGAGCUGUAUGAUUUGGCCAUAUCUGCCCUCCCUAACCAGACCAUCAUUAUAAUUGUCGAGAGUCAAGGGAGGAUAUGUUAUGGUUCAGAAAUUAACGACUUCAAGGGGUUGACUACGAAUGUAACCAUAAAUGGCCACAUCUUGGAAGACUGGAAGAUGAUACCAAUACCACUCACCAAUGUGACUCGUCUCUCCUCUGCCCUUAAACGCCUUCAGCAGAAAAUAACAAGCAGUCAUUUAUCUCCACAAGAACGUCUGGGAACUCCCUUAGGGGGAAUGACUUUUUAUGACGGCUCCUUUGAUGUUCCCGAUGAUGGAUCUCACCCUCAAGAUACUUUCCUUCGUCUGGAUGGCUGGGGGAAAGGUCUGGUGUGGGUGAAUGACUUCUGUCUUGGUCGGUAUUGGCCAGAGAUCGGCCCCCAAGUGACGCUCUAUGUCCCUAGCGGCAUCCUCAAGACGGGAAGUAAUACCCUUCUGGUGCUGGAGUUCGAAGUUUCACCGUGUCUGCUUCCCGACUCUUGCUUUGUUACUCUUCAAAAUACCCAUGAAAUUAAUGGAGCUACACCAAUUUAAAUAGUGUGUGGUAUGUGUCCACUUAAUGUUCAGGUAAUUAUGGCAGAUUGAAGCAUGCUUCAGUCACAACAGUUUCCUAUCGGAGAAUUUCCUGCAUCAUAGAGCUUCAACCAUAUAAAUUGUCUUGAUUGAGAUCUAGAUAAAGCAAUAAAUAGUAUGAAGUACAAAGAUAUUUGCAAAUUAACUAUUGUUUGUUUAUUCAGAUACAAAUUUUAUAAAGUUGUACAAAACUACAAACUUGCACUCUUAUGAGAAAAUUACUUACUGGUACCAUAUUAAAUUGAAAAGCUUGUAUCAAUUUUUUAGGUAAUAUCAGUAUAACUUGCACGGUAGUGUUAGCUGCCGCUCCCACAACAUGGCACAAGUCCGUAGAGAUGCCCUUGCAACUUUCUCAGAUUGGGCAUUGUGGUGUAACAAUAUAUGUAUUGUGAUUGCU